GGGGUCGACCAGCUAGCGAGCCUAGCGGUUCACCGACUUGCUAGCCCUUGUCAAUCUGCUACUCCAUAACUGCCAGUCCAAGGUCAACGAUGAUAUCAAUAUAUCAAUUGAUGUCGAGCAUUUCGUCUUGCGUCUUGCACCUAGAUAGUAUCGAAGAGUAUCCACGAUCCCCCCAACAAAUCUUCGCGUUCCCUGCCGACCCCGGCUGCAAAUCGUCCUGAGUUACCCUUGAUCCACCUCUCACAGCAACUAAACCAUCCUCGACAACCCGGUUCCACGACUCGUCAAGGAUCGAUAACGAGAGCAGCGACUUCGACCCCAUCAUUACGCUACCGGACCAGGGUCACAGAUAUCACGCACGACGAGCUCCGUCCUCUAGUCCUGCGUAGACUCGCCUGUUUCAGAUGACCAGGCCGACUUGCUGAAGCCAGGGAUUGGUCAUACAACGCCAAACGCCGUCCCUUUGGUAUAGCUUUGUCGAUCGACGACCACCUGUCUAUCGCCCGUCAGCGUAGAGAGGCAAACUACAAGUGCUCAGAAUGAGUAGAGUACCGCACAAGGAGGUCGACACGGCUGAUCCCGCAGGGGCGCACGACGCACCGGUCUUGCCUACCUCGACCUCGAUCGACACCGAUAAAACCUCGGCGAAGAAGAUCGCGACGAACAGUAUGGCAACACCAUCAAUAUCCUCAAGCUCAAAGAAGCCGAGCAAGCCGAUGAAAGAUGAACGACUUCACUCUAUGAACAAUAAGCCGCUCAAGGCCCCGACGUCGAUGUCGACUUCGACUGCGAUGGGUACGAACACGACCUCGACCUCUUCAUCCACCCCGCGGAUCCAACAACCUCCUUUCCCACACUCGUCCGACUCGCUCUUACAUCACCUACAUACCGACCCGCAGAGCUCACAUAUAACCGUCUGCGGUGCGGCUUCACCCGUUGCACAUCGCCAUGCGGUCUUGGCCAAGGAGGACGCGGGGCUAGGGGGUGCGACCGAGUUGGAGAACUCUCAAGCGGAGGUCGUACAUGGGGUUGCAGAGUUCCCUGUAGGAUCGGAAGGAGAAGGAUCGGAGGAAUUUAGACAUCGCGACACAACACGAAGAGCAUCAGCACUGGGAAGACGAUCGAGCGCGUCUUCGGCCGGGUCCAGUUCCGGGUUAUUGGGAAAACCUGUAGACGUGUUUCAACCCCCUGGAACGCCUUCGCAUUCCUCAAAGAAACGGAUUGUUAGUAGGGAGACUGAUUCGGCGGGAUCUACGGGGGAUCAAGAGGGGCAAAUCGAACAGGAGGAGACCUAUCGACGGGAUGGCACCUCUACGUCCGCAUCGAAACACAACCUGGGAGGACCGAGCGCAGCCGCACCUGCGACCACAACCACACCUAUCAUGCCUCCAUCGCCACUCCGACAACGCUCGAGCAAUUUGCGAUCGGGAAUUCCGGUCAACACCAGGAAAGAGAGUUCGAGCGGUCGGACGAGACCUAGUACGGCUCCGUCUGCGGCGAUGGGAAGGAGGAAGAGCGGGAUACCGGCCAUCAAUCCGAAUGAAGGUGGGAAGAACGGUCAGGAGUCUGGUCCAAUCACACCGUCUGCCGAAGGACAAGGCUACUUCGACCUCAACCGAAGUGGCAAGGAUCGACGAGGGAAACAGACGACCCCGAGCGCGAUCAAUAGGACGGGUGGGAACGCGACGUCGGUCCGGUCUCGCACCUCAACGGCGUCCUCAUUGCACUUGGGACCUCUACCCGGACCGCCUUCUGCGGGAAUCAGCCAGUUUGGGGACGGUCUUGUCACUCCGAGCACGGAUGGUCAUCUGAGCGUAGGAACGGGCGGUCGGGAUGGGGACGACGAGUUUACCGCCGAUGAAGACGACGAGGCUCAGGGAAAAUGGCCCGUCCAGGACGAAGUGGCUGCCGAAUACGCUCGACAGUUUGAACAUCACGUCAAGAAGGCGGCCAUCGCUACGUCCACGUUGAUGUCUCCUGCGAGACCGGCUUCGAACGCCGAGAGCCAUUUUAGCGGGACGGAUGAAGGAGAGGGCUACGUACCCAAGAUCUUGUCGGACACAACAGGCAUCGUCAUCGAAGCGCUCGUCCCGGACUCUGCCGAUACGCCGGACCAGGUGGAGACCCUUAACGAGCGCCUGCGGCGGCUCGAGCAGAACGGAGGCGGUCUGCCGGACUCGGGUGAUGAUGUGGCCACGCCAACGAACAAUUCCUCGACGGCGCUAAAUUCGGCUGGGACGGGAUGUUUGGAUCAGUUUGUACAGCAGUUCCAGGGGGUCGUACGUGAACAGUUGGACAAGGAGCAGCGCAAUGGUGCAUCCGAAUCGAACGGGAGAGCAAACAAUAAUCCGACAGGACCUACCAAGUUGGUAGGGUCUGCAGGCAGUCUCAGCCCAGACGAUCGCGGCAUGUACAUGAACCAGAGCGCACGGGAAAUGCUGGGUCCUGCAGAGCUGUCCAGGAAGCAGGCAUCACCAAACUGGGCCAUGUUUAUGCAGGCUUAUAGUGCAGGCCGUUGGGACCCCGACCAGACGCCCGCCCCGCCCAUGUCAGCGAUUCACAAUCUCGCUCCAUUGUCGUCAUCUACCAAAUCUUCUCCCGGAGCUAGCUUUUCUGUCCCCAAAAGUUCGGACUUUCCAAGCCGUAAAGAGUCACCUGAAUACGAGCUGGACAAGCACGACGGCGCGUUUGGUUUGGCCAACAUUCUCACCAAGAACAGUUCCAAUCAUCGGAUGGAUUUGAGCGGUCUCGCAGCAGGGUUAACGACUGCCAGCUUUAGUGGCAGUUCGUCUGCCCCCUCGACAACCACAGGUACAAGUCCUCCGCGUAUGAACAGGUACGCGAGCGCGACUACCUUACCGCGAAGGUGGAACAGCGAAAAGCGCGAGUUCUCGUCUCCUGGGGACCGCCCAAUCUCGGAUUCUCCCAAGCGAGAGCUUUCUCGAGCUGGACCGGGGCCGAUCUCCCUCGCCUCUGGCGCGGCCACAACUAUGCUCGCUUCACAGCUGUAUAGCUCCAGCUCGUUCCACCCUCUCGGCGCACCCAGUCCGGAACGAGAACUUUUGGACCCUAUGGCUAGCGCGAUGAACCUGGAAUCUGAUAGAGCAAAGGCGCGCAAGAACAGCUCCAGUUCCGAUUCCUCGAUGUAUCUACGACCCCACAGCCGGACGCAGCUAAACGCAACGGGCAUUGAUCGAGAGAGCAAGGGUGAUGGGGGCGGAAACCGGAGAGAUGUCGUGGGAACAGUCUUGAGCACGAUUGCAGCUAGCCCAGCUACGACGCCAAACGAAAAUCACCCAGAUAGCAGAGCCGAGCCGUCUCCGUACACGGGAUCCGGACCGCCCAUUUCGCAAACUAGAUCCAGUCGGUACAAUGGCCUGGCUUCGAAGAACAUUCCCCCUGCAUCCGCUCCGAUCGAUUGGCAGCGCAAUGACGGCAUGAGCACCGUCAACGACUACUUUGGUUCUGCGGUCCUGCAACAAUACGAAGCGACCCCGCCUACAUCAACAGAAGGCACUGACACUAUCUACCCUCCAUCACUCAAUUCACGCUCGUCGUCCACACAAACCAUCACGCGCUAUAGCAAUAGUGGGUCAAAACCUAUCAGUAGCAGUGCGCUGGCGGACAGCGAUGACGAAGGUGACCAGCGCUAUUCCGUGACACCAAGCGGUCCAGCUAAACCCCGUCUAACGAGUCACGCGUCAUACGAUCAAUCGUCAUCUCGUCAAGUUCCGCCAGCCACCGCCAUGUUUGAAGGGCGUGCAGACGUGCAAGCCGGGCUGCGCUCUCGUCGUGCGUCUCGGGCUUUAUCUUUCGAGGAGCAUUACCUCGAGAAAGGAUAUCUCCGAGCGCCUAUCCCGCCGAAUGAUCUUCAGAGGAGAAAAGCGCUGUACCGCUUCAAAUUGCUGCAUACCGCACAGGACGCAAACUUUGACCGAAUCGCACAAUUAGCUAAGUUGGUCUUCAGCACUCGCAUUGUGCUCAUCUCGCUCGUCGACGAAGACUACAACUGGCACAAGGUGGACCUCGGCUUGGGCGCUAGCAGGGCAGAGAGAGGCGACAGCUUUUGCAGUCAUGUCGUAUUGUCCAAGAGCGCCGAGCCCAUGGUCGUGCUAGACACCCUUAAGGACUGGCGAUUCAAGCAUCACCCAUUUGUAACAGGUCCGCCAGACAUCCGCUUCUAUGCAGGGGCACCAUUGCGCACUGCCGAGGGCUACAACGUCGGCAGUAUCUGUAUCAUCGACAACCAACCUCGCGCAGAAUUUCCUCCCCGCUCAAGAAUGGCGCUGAAAGAGUUCGCUGGCAUUGUUGUCCGGGAAAUGGAACUUUGGCGAGACAAGACUCGUCUCAAGGCAAGGGACCGGAUCCAGACCUCGAUGGAACGAUUCACGCGAGAAUGCCUGGAAAUGGACAAUGCGGCCGAGAGUGAUCCCAAGAGUUCAACAACGACUAUGGAAAAGGUCUACGAACAGGCUGCCAAACUCGUCUGCAGGACACUCGAUUUGGAUGGUGCGGUCGUGCUCGAUUUAUCGCAAUUCGAAUCGGUCGAGUUGACGAACGCGGAAGGCGAAGCGAAUAUGGUAUAUCAAGCUGAUCCGUACGACAUGGGAUCAAUGACCAGCGAAGACGAACACCACGUACCUUCCGAUGCGUACGGCGACCGUGCCUCUGCUUUCGGACCCCUUCCCCCCUGGAACAUUAUGGGAGCGGCGGAAAACAAGUAUCAAGACAUUCCAGGGAGAAGUCGACCAGCGGCUAGUACCGAACAUGCUCGUUUUUCAGACUUCCUCACGAAACAUCCGGAGGGGCGAAUCUACGAGCAAGUCGUGCCGAGCUGGAUCCGCCAUAUCUUGCCUGAAGGUAUCCAGUAUGCGAUGGUGGUGCCCAUUUUCAAUAUUGACAAGCAUCCCUUCGCUCUGCUCUGCGCUUACACGUGCAACAAAUCCAAGCAGUUCCUCGAAGGGUACGAGUUGCAAUUCCUACGCGCCAUCGGUGUCGUCAUUCUGUCAGCCGUCCUGAAACGGCGGAUGAUAUUGGCCGAUAAAGCCAAGAGCAACUUUAUCUCCAACAUCUCACACGAGCUGCGAACGCCGCUGCAUGGUAUUCUCGCAGCGGCCGAGCUUCUCUCGGAUACCAAACUCGAUUCAAACCAGGAAUCAUUCCUCUCAACCGUUCAAGCCUGUGGCAAUUCGCUCAUCGAAACCGUCAAUCAUGUGUUGGACUUCACAAAAUUGAGCGGGAGUGCGAAAGGGACGAUCGAGAAUGUGAUCAAACCUGGUCUAGUGGAUCUGGCUCACUUGGUUGAAGAAACGGUGGAGGGAUGCUGGAUCGGUCAGCGGGCGCGAGCGCAACAAGGACAGUCCGAGAUCGGGAGCUUCUAUUCUCCCCCGAGUCCGGGUGCAGCCUCUGGCAAUCAGCAACCCGUUGAAAAGGUCCAUGUCGAGACCGUGGUCGACGUCGGUUUCCGGGAGCGCGGCUGGCUGGUCCGUUGCGAAAAGGGCGGGAUUCGCCGAGUCCUCAUGAAUCUUAUUGGAAACAGUCUCAAAUUCACUCGUGACGGCUAUAUCCAAGUUACUCUUCGAGAACUACCACACACGCCUGGUAGUCGAACGAUUCCCGUUGAGAUGGCCGUUAUCGACACAGGCAAAGGGAUUUCUCGAAGCUUCCUAAAAGAUCAACUUUUCCACCCAUUCUCGCAAGAAAACCCCUUGCAGACGGGAACCGGUCUGGGUCUAGCCAUCGUCAAUAGUAUCGUACGGUCUGAGAGCGUCAACGGGAAGGUCGAUGUUUGGUCUGCGGAAGGCCUAGGCACCGAAAUUAAGAUCACACUCAACGUCGAACUUGAGGGCGAUAUCACGGUAGACGAUGCAGUCUCCAGUAACGGCAGCUCCUCGGGUGCAAGCUAUUGGAACGAGGGGAACGCCUUCGGACGGCAUUUCUCAGUAUCGAUGACGAAUUUCCAGUCAGAACAUCGUGGAUCCAAGUUGAACCAAGAAUUGAUCAUCCAGUAUCUACGAUGGUGGGCAUUCCAGCCGAUCCCAGAGGAUUCUGGAGAAAGGGGGGACAUAAUCAUUACCGAUGAAGAGGGACCACUUUUGCGACAGCUAUUAGAUCAAAAUGACGUUUCCCGCGGCGUGUUGAUCCUCUCCACCAAUCGGUCGGCACGCCCAAGUGCUACCAUGUCGGCCUACCAAAAGGCUGGAGGCUUUGUUCAGAUGGUCUUCAAGCCUGUCGGUCCUCAGCGACUGCAAGCUGCCCUGCGGGCGUGCGCUCAGGCUCUGACCAACGGUCCGACCAGCCUGGAGUCGUCCCGGUCCACCAGGUCAGAUUACUUUUCCCCACCUUUGUCUCCUUCCCAGGCUUCCAACUCGGCAGAUCGACCGGCAAAUCUCCAGCGUGGCUACAGUACAGCAAGCAGCCUCGCCAGUAGCGUUGAUCGCUUCGGGCGACCAGAGAUCUCCCGCGAGUCCACGGCAACUAUCGGAUCGCCCAUGUACGAACUGCCUGGACCACAAGGAAGACUCUUCGAUCGACUACGGCACGAUAGCGCUCCGGGGAUGUUGCUUCGGCGACGUUCGGAAGAGGACGGGCCUCUACAGACCAGACGAUUGGUACGACCAGGGAUGAGCCCACGGAGCACGACUUAUCAGGACACGCGACCCUCCUUGCACGCAAUGGUCAGCCAUGUCAUCGGCUCGGAUUCGGGAACGGACGAACAUCAGUCGGCUCCCGGUUCACCCAGUUCGGCAAUGUCAACAGUAUCGGUGACAGAUGGGGCUGUGAUGCUCAAAAAAGCGACGGUCCCACCAGAGGUCGCGCUUCGAAAGCCAAGGAUAUUGCUAGUCGAUGACAAUCACAUCAACCUGGAACUGUUGAGCGCUUACCUACGGAAGAAGAAAAUCGAAUAUCAGCGAUGUGUUAACGGUCAGAUCAGCGUGGACGCCUUUUCCGAAGCGGUUCCUGGAUACUGGGAUAUCAUCUUGAUGGACCUUUCAAUGCCUGUCAUGGAUGGGAUCGAAGCGACACGCACGAUUCGCAAAGUGGAAUCAGACCGUCGUCUCGAAGAUUCGAUCAAGACGGGCGAGAAACCGGUAGGAGAAAAGGUCAUACAGCAGCGAUGCAAAAUCUUCGCUCUCAGCGGACGGGCAACGGCGGAUGACAAGAAGCAAGCCUUUGCUGCCGGGGUUGACGGAUAUCUCGUCAAGCCAGUCAAGCUCAGCACUCUCGACGCGAUCAUCAAGAGACUCGGAUUCUAGGUCAACAAGGCUGCUUUCACUCGAGGUUCAGGAUUCACAAUGGUCCUCUACUACACAAAAAACCAUUUUAUCACGACAUCAUCGUCAAGGAGAUUGAUCGAUGUAUUACGCACAUAGCAUGAAUUACAUGAGAGGAUUCGACUGUGGAGACUAUGAGCACAAUGAUGUUACCAUCUCAUUGUUAUGAACACCAAGCCCCGGAUUGGCGCGAGCCCUUUUAGAAGCGCUGGGCCCGUUCUCACGCGUUUGCGCUUCUAUUUGUUAAAUCCGAGUUGGCAAUUUUCCACGCGCGAGGGGUUGGAGCCACGGCUUCAAUCUCUCUCUCAUCGACCUUA